AUGGAUUUUAUGACCGGUUUACCAAGGACUAGGUUGGGAAUCGAUGCAGUUUGGGUGAUCGUGGAUCGCUUAACCAAAUUCGCUCAUUUUCUACCUAUCCAAGUGAACUAUUCAUUAGAAGAAUUGGCAAGGUUGUACAUCAAGAAAAUUGUGAGGUUGCACGGAGUGCCAUCGAGCAUAUCGAAAAGAACUAUUAUUCAAACAUUGGAUGAUAUGCUAAGGGCGUAUGUAUUGGAUCAACCGGGAAGUUGGGAUUGUUACAUGCCAUUGGCUGAGUUUACAUACAAUAACAGCUUUCAUGCGAGUAUUGAAAUGACUCCGUAUAAGGCUUUGUAUGGACGGAAGUUCCAAUUUCCACUCUAUUGGUAUGAAGCCGGUGAAUCAAGUGUAUUGGGGCCUGAUUUGGUUACUCCAACAAUUGGGAUUGAAAGAGCGAUUAAGAUGAAGAAGUUGAAGCCGAGAUUCAUAGGACCAUUUGAGAUUUUGAGACGAUUCGGGCCGGUGGCAUAUCAAGUAGCUUUGCUGCCACACUUGUCUACCUUACAUGACGUAUUCCACGUGUCACAACUUCGUAAAUACAAGUUGGAUGUGGCUCAUGUGUCAGGGCCCAAGUCGGUUAAGCUAAAGAAGAACUUGACAUUUCAAGUGACACCGAUGCGAAUUGACGACACUAGUGUGAAGAAACUGCAAGGAAAGGAAGUUUAA